GGGGCGGACGCAGGACGGGGUGUGUCCGGAGUGGGGGCGGGCAGGUCCCAAAAGGUGCAAUUUUCCUGGGCCCGCGGCGCCCGGGCUCAGGGGGAGAGGCCGGGCUGGCCGGUGCUUUGGCCUCGGGCGUCUGGAAAUGGCGGCGGGGGGCAGGAUGGAGGACGGUUCCAUGGAUCUCACCCAGAGUGUUGAAGAUGACCCCCUUCUGGACACCCAGCAUCUCCAACAACAUUCAUUACAUGCUCAUAUUAGACGCAGAUUCCAUCCUCUUCCUACAGUCGUCAUAGCAAAUCUUCUCUUGUUAAUACAUGUUGUGUUUGUUAUUUUAGCGUUUUUAACAGGUGUGCUUUGUUCUUACCCUAAUCCAAAUGAGGACAAGUGCCCAGGAAACUAUACCAACCCACUGAAAGUUCAGACAGUCAUAAUCCUUGGAAAAGUUAUUUUGUGGAUUCUGCAUUUCCUUCUCGAACGGUACAUCCAGUAUCACCACAGCAAAGUAAGAAGCCGAGGCUAUAACGCGAUCUACCGAUCAACGAGGCAUCUUAAAAGACUCGCACUGAUGAUACAUUCUGUGGGCAGCACAGCGCUUCUGCUCAUCCUGUGCAUGCAGCAUUCCUUCCCUGAGCCCGGCAGACUGUAUCUUGUCCUCAUCCUGGCCAUCCUGGCCCUGGAACUGAUCUGUUCCCUCAUGUGUCUGCUCGUUUACACAGUGAAAAUUCGAAAAUUUAAUAAAUCCAAACCACAACCUGAUGUACUUGAAGAAGAAAAAAUCUAUGCUCACCCCAUCAAUAUUACCUCAGAGACUGGAUUCAGGACUAUUUCAAGCCUAGAAGAAGUUGUUGAAAAGCAAGGAGACAUAAUAGUAUACUUGAAGCGACACAAUGCACUGUUGAGUAAGCGGCUGUUGGCUUUCACUUCCUGUGACCUAAGCUCUCAGCCAAGUAGAAUGUGAGAGGCUCAAGGUAAAGACAGCUAUUCCAGAGGAAUCCAGAGGAAUUUAAGACAAUGGCUACCUGACAAGCUGUCAUAGGCAAUUGAAGCUUUUGCCAAGUAACAUUUUACAAUUUUUGCUGGAAGCCUGAAUUUGGUUCUCACCUGUGUGGCUAUUUAAUACGUAAGGGCUUGUGGAUCAUUUGAAAGAUACUUUGUAGAGCCUCGAUAACUCGAGGACAAUGUCUGUUUUGCACAUUUUGAAAUUAUUUAACUGCUUGGUUUAUCCUAGGAUCAAAAGCAUAGUUUAAACAUCUCCUUGGCCAACACUUCUUCCACAGGACAUUAGAACCCUGUAAUAAUUUGGCUAUUUAUAGAGGAAGUCUGACAUGACAAUCUAGUUAAAACAGGGCUUUGAUCAAGUAAGAUCUUCCCACUUUUAAACUGAUGAGAGAAGUCGUUAUUCUUGUGGUUAAUGUUUUUUCUGAUGGAGCCUUAUCCUGUAUUUUAUAUGCUUGUGUGGUAUUGGAUGACAGCUUAGCCCAGGUAGCUUUUAUAAGGAAUUUUCUCACUGUAGGACCAAGGUCUCAUUAGGUGAUUUACUAUGCAAACUCCUACAGUUUCUUAUUCUCCAGAAAUAGGAUAUGCAGAUGACUUGGACCAGUGUUCGACUGA